AUGAAUUUGAGAUCGGAAUUGCAAAAACUGUUAAACGUAUGCUUUUUGUUUGCGUCUGCUUACAUGUUUUGGCAAGGCUUAGCCAUUGCUACGAAUAGCGCUUCACCCAUCGUGGUUGUUCUUUCAGGCUCCAUGGAACCGGCUUUCCAAAGAGGUGACAUCCUUUUCCUAUGGAAUAGAAACGCUUUCAACCAAGUGGGCGAUAUUGUGGUGUAUGAGGUCGAGGGAAAACAGAUUCCCAUUGUGCAUAGAGUUUUGAGGCAACAUAACGAUCACGUGGAAAAGCAAUUCCUCCUGACUAAAGGUGAUAAUAACGCUGGAAAUGACAUUUCAUUGUACGCCAACAAGAGAAUUUAUUUGGAUAAGUCAAAGGAAAUUGUGGGGACUGUCAAGGGCUAUUUCCCACAGUUGGGGUACAUUACGAUUUGGAUCAGCGAAAACAAAUACGCCAAGUUUGCAUUGUUAGGUAUACUGGGAUUGAGUGCUCUACUGGGCGGCGAAUAG